AUGGCGAAGCGAAAACCGGGGAGGGGAGGGGGGGAAAGGGGGGGAAGGGGGGGUGCUCGGGCCGCGCUCCCGCGGCAGCGUCGGGUCCCAGCGAAAGGCACCCGCCCGGUCGCUGUCACUGCUCGUUCACCGGGGAGAGUCUCGGCUCCACCAUUCAACCCACGGGCAGCAGCAGGAGGAGGAGGAGGAGGAGGAAACAACAACUCGCAGCCGCCCGCCGCCCGCCGCCAACGCCGCCGCCGCCAGCCAGCGCGAGCGAGCGCGAUCCUUCCGCCCGGAGAAAGAGUCCCCUCCUCCUCCUGCGCGCCCCCUCCUCAGCCCCCUCGGCCCCGCGCGCCGCCCCUUCCCCCCGCGCCCCCCUCAGUCCCCGGCGCUGCCCGGAGGGGGCGGCCAGGCGGGCAAGGAAGGGGGGAGCCGCGCUCUUCUGCCCCCGCUCCCGCCCCACCGCCUCGGCGGCCCCUGGCGCUGCCCGGCGCUGGAGGGGAGAAGGGGCGAGCGGUACGCGUUUAUUAUCGGAAAGGCGGGCGGGCUGUGGCAGAAGAUGUCGGCGGGGUGGGCGGGAAGGCGGUGGCGGCAGGCGGGCGGCUGAAAGGCGCUUUCUGUGCGAGGUGCCGGCGCGCGGAGGGAUACGACGCACGGGCAGGAGGCGGGGCUGCGGUGGGGGAGAAAGCGGCGGCGGCGGCGCUGGAAGUUCCCGAGUUCCAGCGUCGCAGGAAUGGGAAGCCAGCAAAGCCAAAAUGCCCCCGGGGAGCGCGGCCCCGCUGGGGAGGCCUGGCCCUCCCACCCGCGCUGCGCUCGCCGCGGCUCCCCCGUAGCCCAGCGCGGUCCCUCGGAGCCUGCCAGCGACCUCGAGGCGCAGCCGGGGGCUUUGGCAUCUGCGCCAGACAACCGGGACUGACGAAUCUUCUGCCUUCCAGGAGCGAUGGGCAAGAGCAGGAGUGUUGUCACCGCGAGGACGAGCGAGGGAUGGUGAUGCCUGCAACCUAUGGCUGAGCUGGAGGUAAUUCACUAGCGGAUCAAUAACCUACCGAAGGUUCCUGAAAGGCUGCAACAGUGCAUGGAGCCUGGUUAGCUGUUAAAUUAUUUGUUUAUUUAAUGUUUGGUAGCUUGAGGAUACCGAAUAAACAUUCUGAUUUGUGCUGUAACCGUUUAUUUGCUGAUUACAGUCAAAAAGAAAAUAAAAACAAAGCAGAUGUCCGCUGAUAAUUAGCUUUAAAAAAAUCCAUAUCUGAUGAGGAUGGGAUUUAAAGGAGCAUAAUUGCUUGUCUUUAUGGUUUGCAAUGUGCCUGUGCUUUUUCAGGUAGAGCUGGGGCCUUGCAAGAACAAAUGUGUUUGUGGACAAUAAGAAUUAAAUUAGCAGGGAUCAAUGUUAAAAAGGGAAAGCUGUCAUUUUUUACUAUUCCUUUAGUCGUAGUUAUUAACUAAUGUAACUUGUGAAGCAAAGACAAAAGUAUAUUGGAAAUUAUAUCGAAACUAGACAAAGAAAUAUUUUUUUGUGUGCAUAAAGACCCUGAAAUUCUCAGCUAUCUAACUUUCAACAAAAUGAAAUUUAAACUACAUUUCUGUGCAACUGAGGGUAAGCUGAGUUGAGCAUUUUAAUACGGAUGUUUCCAAGGCCGGCGAGCUCAGUGUACGAGCUUGAGCUUUGUGCUUGGCACGGUGAGAAAGCUUUGCUGCAACAACCCUUCUGCUUUAUUGAACAAACAUAACCGUGAAAGGGUAGAGAAAGGAGGCUGAAAUGUCACAUAUUUCCAUUAAGUCUUAUUAUAAAAAUUUGAUGUAUAUAGGAGAUGCCUAGAUGUUGUGUAUUUUUGGCAUACGAUUAUCACAUGUCCUAAAAAAUGAUUAAAAUCCUAAUCUAGCAUGUGGUUUGUUAUCAUUAGGGUAAAUUAAUUUUGUAGGAUAGUUUUUU